CUUGUGUUCCUCUGCACCUUCCACCCCGCGCCCGCGCUCCGUUCAGUUCAACUUGCCAUUCUCUUCGUCCUCGCUGCGACAAUCGCAUUCAAAUCUCGUCCCCGUCGCAGCAUCAUCUCCCGGUCGCCACAUCAUUCCCCCUCUCGGCCGUAAGCUACGACCAUGGCCGUCAAAACAGUUACGGAAGACGAGAUCGGAGCCUUCCUCUCAGACCUCCGUGCGGGAGAUGCAGACAAGAGAGUCAAUCUUAUCACGCAUUGGGGCCUGAAGCUGGAGGGCAUAACAGAGCUCCCCGAACGGGGUGUAGACGCGAUCACAAUGCUCGUGGGGCCCUUUGUACGCUCCCCCAACCAUCUCCUGGUCACCUCGACUCUCAAUAAUUUCCUUCUCACCUUCCUACCCCUCAUCCCCACGUCACCACCAUCGCAUCUCAAGCUUGCAUUGUCGUGCAUACUUCCCGGUCUCAUUGAGAAGCUCAACGACCCAAAGGAGCGACUCUCUGCUCCUGCGCGAGAAUGCCUCGGGUUACUGGGCAGCAAAGCCUACAGUAGCGAGUCGCUCACCGUUUCUCAAGGCCCACGCGCGAAGGAGAAGGACGGUGUGGUGUCCCAGUGGGAAGCGGCGGUCAAGGAUGCGCUCUCUGGGCGUGCUCCGCGAGCGAAGAUUGAGAUUCUCAAGCUUCUGCUUACGAUGCGGAGCGAUCCGAAUAUCAAGUUGCCGCUCAAACCGUGGCUUGCAAGCCUUGUCAAUCUGCUCGAAGACAGCGAUGGUGUCGUGCGCGACCAGGCGCGCGAGGCUGUCGUUGCAUUGUUGUCUCCUCCCACGACCCCGCCCGCGGCGCGGACUGAGUUUAAGAAACUGCUGCUCGCCCGCAAUGUUCGCAAGUCCAUUGCCGACGCCAUUCUUACGCGCAUCCUUGGAGGGGCUAGUGUACCGUCCACACCAAUGCCGCAACAAGCAUCCGCAGAGACAUCUGACACAACCCGAGCUCCAACUCCUGCAAGUGAGGAUGUUGAGGUAGUAUAUGUUGCCGGCGCACGCGACCUUGAGCUCGAGUUCAAGGCCAUGAUCCCCCACUUUGAGGGCAAGGAGACUGAACAUAACUGGGGACCUCGAGAACGCUCCCUUUUGCGUAUCCGCGGGAUGCUGCGCGGCAAAGUCUUCGCUAAGCAACCGGAAGCAUUCCUCGCAGGCCUGAAGGGAGGCAUCGUCGAUGGCAUCUCCAGAACUCUCAUGAGUCUGCGGACAACGCUAGCUCAGCAAUCCUGUGCUCUCGUCCAAGAACUGGCGGAAACGCUGGGGCCAUCCUUCGACCCCUCGGCGGAGGCCUUGCUGCCUACGUUAGGGAAAAUGGCGGGUUUGACGAAGCGAAUGAUCGCAGAGCGUUCCCAGAAGGGCGUUGACGCCAUCAUCAAGCACUCGAACGUUCACCAGCGCAUCCUCCUCUCACACAUUAACGCUGCUAUGACAGAUAAGAGUGCCCAGGCACGGCAAUAUGGUGCAACCCAUCUGAGAACCUUACUCGACAGCCCCAACGCGAAGAGCAUUCUUCAUGAUGGGCUGUUGGACCAGGUGGAGCAGAUGGUGAAGCGGGGUCUAGCCGACGUCAAUCCUGCUGUCCGCGAGCAGGGCCGAACUACUUUCUGGAUCUUUGAGCGUUACUUCUCCCAACCGGCGGCCAAAAUUCUAGCAGGACUAGAUGCCACGGCCAGAAAGCAACUCGAGCGAGCCAUUCAGCAGAGGCCCGGUACCGGUGAGGACGUGACGCCCGCUGUGAGACCCUCACCGAAGCCUCGAGCGAGCUCGGCGAUGAGUGCAAUGAUCGCUGCCAAGCGAGCUCAGGUUGCUGCUGAGAAAGCUACUGCGACUGCAACGCAGAUGUCAGCGGAGGUGGCUCCUCAAACCUCUUCGCGGCAGCCCGCAGCCCGCGACAUUGGAAAUCCGCCAUCAGCCUCACCUCCGCCUGUGCCGGCCAUGAGUACCCUAAGCUUGUCUCGGGGACCAGAACCUGUGACUGAAGUUGCUUUGGGUGACACUGAAGCCGCCACGCCCGCCCGCUCCCCAAUUGCUUUGAUGGCCCGUCGAACCGCCAGCAGCCCUGCAACCCCCACUCGCCUGCCGAGACCAGGCUCGUCCAGGACACCGCAGUCUGCUUCUCCGCCACCUCCUAUCUCACCUGCGUCAUCGGCACACACGGUUUCAAAUCGAGCGUCGAGUCAGAAGCGGGUCGCUCGAUUGUCAAGAGAAGUCCGGCCACCUUCCCUUGACAGAAGGCAGUCUGACGCAGGCAGGUCGCCGCCCAACCACAACGCCCACAAUGGCCAACCGUCCAGCUCGCCCGUGUCUAGGCUGUCGGUGCUUCCUCGGCCUAUCGGCACCGUGAUGUCGGGCGCUUCGUCAGACGUGUCAGGUAGAUCGAGGUCUUCUAGUCUUGCGAGGACGCUGUCGCGGAGCCCGCCUGGGCCUACCGACUCACCGCUCCAGGCUUUCCGCGCACCGGGGAGUGCGGCUCCUGCUCCCCGCAGAGUCGCUUCCGCGCCUUUGAGUGCCACUCGGCCAUCAAUCACUCCACGGUCUACAUCCAGUUCGAACCGCCCGCGAACUACUCAACCGCCCCUCAUUCCAGAGGCCCACACAUACUUCGCCUAUCGGGACCCUGCAGAGGAGGCUCGGCACGCCCAAGCUCAACAAGGUCUGUCAGCAGCCAAGCAGCUCCUCGAGUUCGACGAUGAUGAUGACGAGGUCAUCCAAACCGCGCCCAUGACCCCGGUUCGCGGUUUACGGGGAAGCAACAUGGCUACCAUGGCAAUGGGGCGUGGUCCUUUGAAUGAGCUCAAACGCAGGGAGUGGGAAGACUCACCCCUGCCCAUGACCCCUAAACUUAUUAAGAAGUUGGAAAACAGCGGGUAUGAACGUAGCUGGUGGACCACGCGGCGGAAGUUACUCGACGAGGCUACGACCCUCAGCUCGACGAAGAGCGAGGAAAUUGAAGCCGAGGUCGCUGCGCUGGUCGACCAGCCGUCGGUGAAAAGCCUCAAGCGCAUCGCCCGUUUCUCCGCCGAGUGCUCUAUUUCGGAGGCCUCCGACCAGAACAACAAUUGUAACCGUGAGCUCUGGGUGGAGAAUCGGUUGUUUGAUCGAAUUUUGGAUGGCCUCCUAGCCUGCCUUGACCCACAGCAGCCUCCCGCCAUCUUGGAGCAGGCGCUGGUGACACUAUGGGAGCUGGUGCAGAAUCAAUGGGCAUUGUUUGAGGCACAGUCGCGUGAGGACGCUCUGCUCGACCGUCUCUUCGACCUUCGGACUAGCGGCGAUCACACGGUUCUCGAAUCCACGAAUGCGAUGGUCUCGCUGCUUGUGGAGGUUUGUAACCCGCCCUUCCUUCUCUCGCAACUGGAGGCCGCGCUCAGGCGGUUCCUGGUUGCGCACGAAGGAGAGGCGGUUUCGCGGGAGGGGGCACGAGUGCGGACUGCAGGGUACACCUACGCACUGAACGCCAUGGGCAUGUGCAUACUGAAGCUGCCCCGGGAGGCAGUAGAGGGCGAGGCAAAGCGGCGCAGCCAUAUCGUGGUGGAACGCUCAAUCCGGACCUCGCAGUGUCCUCGCGCCAGGCAGGCAACCGUGUCAUCCUGGCCGUGCAGUGCAUGCUCCAGGACGACACCCGCACACUCGACAUAUUCCCUGGCCUUACCUCAACGCAGCGUGACUUCGCAACUUACCAGAUGUCCCAGUCUGGUCUGCUGAUCAAGGUCACCGAGGAGGAGGAGGCCGUUGUGCGCCGCCAGUCGCUCCACUAUCAGCUUGUAGACGGGCUGGCCAAGGGCUCGCGACUUCGAUAGGACCUCGCUAUGCACAUGUUCGAGGAGU